UCGGUCUCCCUCCAUCUCCAUCCGUCGUCCGUCCUAUGCAGCCGCGAAGCGCCGGUGCGAUCGACUCGAAACGCACAGUGGUAACUCAGUGGCUCAGCCCUAUCCCUCCCCCCCACGCCGCAGGACGAUCACCUUCAGAUGGACCGCUGAACUAACUGACAUGUUUGACCCAUAGUCUUCGUCUUGCGGCAUCAGUGGCGCUUCGGAUACCGUGAAACGACGAGACCAGAUAAGAACAACAGCGCCAUCACCGGCUCCGUUUCAUCAUCUAUCCCUCCGCUUCCCUCUCCUCGUGCUCGUCCUCGUGCUCGUCCUUCUCCUCCUCCUCUAAUUACGUCCCUUCGACCCGUCAAGUCUUUUCUCUCUCGCUGUUUAAUGUCUUCCCGUUUAGCUCCCUCGACCGGGCCAUAGCAUGGACUUUCCACGACUCGCCAGCAUCCACAACGUCAGGAGCGGCUAUGAGCCCCGUCAGUCCUCACAGGCUUCCCUUCCCUACGACAUGCCCAGCCAAUCCCUUCCCUCCCGAGGCCCCAUGGCCAUCCCCUCCAAAUCCGUUCUGAAUCUCGCUCCUCCCCCGCUCCCCCCGCCACCACGCAUCAAUGACCUGGAAAAUGGUCACGAUAUCGGCUGGCUACAUGCAAACCUGCGUAAUCCCAACGGGGCCACCAAGCUCGCCCCCAUCAAUCCCAGCUCCAGUCUGUACGGAGGCCACCACCACCGCCGCCUCUUCGACUCCGCGACUCAACCUGCCGCUGCAGAGAACCUGCCGGGCAGGGGGCAACUAAUUACAACUGACACCCGGAUCAAAGUCGAACCCCCACCGCCCAUGGAUGGCGGCUUCCGAAACAAUUCGAUCUUAACCAAUCUACCGGAUCUCAUAUCAACCAGCCUGAAAGGCGAGCAGGAUCCCUCCCGACGAUGUGCAUAUGACGAACAACUCCUCGCCAAGAUCGGGAAGCCGCUCUCCCCCCGCCAGUCCAUCAGUCUCGGCAGCGGCAGCGACCCUUCCCACCGGACCACCUUGGCCGCCCUCAACGUACCCCCUCGCUCCUUGAGCAGCCUGCCCUCGCCGAAUGAUACAUCGCUUGACGGUCGAUGGUAUCACAACAGUCCCCUUUCCGGCGGGGUGUCACCUGGGACCCGCAGCACCGGCGGCUGGAAGGAUUAUAUGGAUUGCCGCAGUCCGAGCGCGGAAAGUAGCGCCCCUUCAUCAGCUGUGGACUACGAUCAUCACGUCCAGUACUACCCGCGUGACACGUACCGACGCCGCGGCGGAACGACCCCGCAACGCGACGACAGCAUCAGUCUGCCCAGUCGCUCCAACCGUGGCAGCUACGAUCAGAGCAUUUGCUCCGACAUCGAGGGCGAGUUCCUCCCCAGUGACGAGUUCGGGCAGGCCCGUCUGCUCGUGCAAGAACCAACGCCGCCGUACCUGGAUGGAUCCAAGUCGUCGGGCAUGAAGCGCCGCGCCUCCUCACCACCGAGAGAAACGGGUGCUGAAGAUCGGCAUUCUUUGCAUCCCAAGUCCAGCAGCAGCGACCUCACCCAGCGACGGACCUCGGGCCAUCCUUUCUCCCACCCAUCGGUUUCUCUCGGUAGCGGCUUUGUCCCCAGCCGAGGGAGUCUGUCGGCAGCCUCGUCAAUCAGCCUGCGAACCGGCUCGUAUUCGUCCACGGGGACCUUCUCCAUCGCUGGAACCAGCAUGACGAGUGUCUCGUCGAGCGAUCGUUCCCCUGGAGGCCUGUCCCCCAAUUCCGAUCUCGAUCCAUUCCACGAGAAAUCGUCCCUGAACCCGAGCCCACCGAACCGGUCCGGCACCCGGCGAAACAAUUCGGUGGAUCAGAAGAACGCCAAUCCGGCCCGCAAACUAUCCGUCCAGGCCUCGUCCAAUCCGGCCAAGCCGGCGGGUACCAAACUAGGAGGGCUGUAUAUCUGCGACUGUUGCCGCCAGAAGCCCAAGAAAUUUGACAGUCUUGAAGAGUUACGCGCACACGAGAUGGAGAAACAAUACUCGUGUCAAUUCUGUAACAAUCGGUUUAAAAAUAAAAAUGAAGCCGAACGCCAUCAGAAUUCGCUCCAUCUGCGCCGUCAUUCCUGGUCCUGCGCAGCUUUGGCGGGUUACCAGGCGGCCUUUCACGCCACCACGCCGCCCGAUGCGCAGACAGGUGCCUGCUCGUCGCAUGAUACGUGUGGUUAUUGUGGCGAGGAGUUUCCGAAUUUCCCCCAGCCGGACUGGGUACGUCGAUUCGAACACCUGACCAGCGUCCACAAGUUUGGCGAGUGCAACAAUGCGAAGAAAUUCUUCCGGGCAGAUCAUUUCCGCCAACAUCUAAAGCAUAGCCAUGCCGGUGCUAGCGGCAAAUGGACAAAUAUCCUGGAGAACGCGUGCAUGAAGGAUGAACCCCUUCCUGAGGAGCGUCGAAACAGAAGCCCGUCCACAUCCAUCAGCGGCCCCAGAACGAGCUAUUCUGCACCUUCUACCACUGCGACAGGAACCCUUUCGUCCAACGCUAUUGGUGAAGUUCUGGAGACUACGGACAGCUAGAGAGAGGCUGUUCGAAGCAUGACUUUGCCCCCGUCAGAUUUGAUUCGAUGGAGCGUCGGCAAUGUUUUAUUUUGUUUGUUUGUUUUUUUUCCCUGACGCGAAGCCCACUUGUUGCAUUCAUAACCGUAAGGCUGUAUUCUUUUUUGUUUUUAUUUCCCUUCCCCCCC